CGGGGCCGCUCCGCGGGCGAGAUGCCGGGGCCGCCGACGUUGCCGCUGCUGCUGCUGCUGCUUCUGGGCGCCGGCAGCGCCGGGGCCGCCCCACUUCCGCAAACAGGUGCAGGGGAGGCGCCUGCUGCAGAGGUUUCCCUGUCCUUCGUGAUUCUGUCCUUGUGCAGUUUAAUGCUCCUCAUUGUGUUAAUUGCGAACUGCGUCUCCUGCUGCAAGGAACCAGAAAUAGACUUUAAGGAAUUUGAAGAUAACUUUGAUGAUGAGAUUGAUUUCACCCCACCAGCAGAAGACACCCCCUCUGUUCAGUCCCCAGCAGAAGUUUUCACACUUUCAGUACCAAACAUUUCACUACCAGCUCCGUCCCAAUUCCAGCCUUCUGUAGAAGGUUUGAAGUCUCAAGUUGCACGCCACAGUCUAAACUAUAUCCAGGAGAUUGGAAGUGGCUGGUUUGGAAAGGUGCUCCUUGGAGAAAUUUACACCGGCACGAGCGUGGCUCGAGUGAUAGUGAAGGAGUUAAAGGCCAGCGCCAGCCCGAAGGAGCAAGACACUUUUUUGAAGAAUGGAGAACCUUACUAUGUUCUUCAGCACCCAAAUAUUCUUCAGUGUGUUGGACAGUGUGUAGAAGCAAUUCCCUAUCUUCUGGUAUUUGAGUUCUGUGACCUGGGCGACCUGAAAGCGUACCUGCGCAACGAGCAGGAUCAGGUGCGUGGGGACUCGCAGACGAUGCUGCUGCAGAGGUUGGCGUGUGAGGUCGCCGCAGCGCUGGCCGCCAUGCACAAGCUCCACUUCCUGCACAGUGACCUGGCCCUGCGGAACUGUUACCUUACCUCUGACUUAAACGUGAAGGUGGGAGACUAUGGAAUUGGAUUCAGCAGGUACAAGGAGGACUAUAUUGAAGCCGAUGAUAAGAAAGUUUUCCCUCUGCGGUGGACGGCUCCAGAAUUAGUAACCAGCUUUCAGGACAGGUUACUUACUGCAGAACAAACUAAAUACAGCAAUAUCUGGUCCCUGGGCGUGACACUUUGGGAGCUCUUUAACAAUGCUGCCCAGCCAUAUUCACUCCUUUCCAACAUCGAAGUUCUCAACCAGGUCAUCAGAGAGCGAGAGACGAAGCUUCCAAAGCCCCAGCUAGAGCAGCCGUACUCUGAUAGAUGGUACGAAGUGCUGCAGUUGUGUUGGCUGUCCCCCGACAAGAGGCCGGCCGCCGAGGACGUGCACAGGCUGCUGACGUACCUGCGCCUGCAGAGCCAGCGUGACCCAGAGGUGGACUUCGAGCAGCAGUGGAACGCACUGAAGCCCAACACCCACGCCCGGGACACAUCCGGCAGCGCGGCGUUCCCCAUCCUCGACCACUUCGCCCGGGACCGGCUUGGGCGCGAGAUGGAAGAGGUGCUCACGGUCACCGAGACCAGCCAGGGCCUCAGCUUCGAGUAUGUCUGGGAGGCAGCGAAGCAUGACCACUUUGAUGAGCGUGGCCGCGGGCACCCGGACGAGGCCCUGUCCUACACCAGCAUCUUCUUCCCAGUGGAAGUCUUCGAGAGCUCGCUCUCUGAGCCCGGGCCCGGCAGGCAGGACGAGAGUGGCCAGGACGCCCCGCUCAGGGCCCCUGGCGUGGUCCCCGUGUUUGACGCCCACAACCUGUCCGUGGGAAGCGACUACUACAUCCAGUUAGAGGAGAAAAGCGGCAGCCACCUGGAGCUCGACUACCCCGUGACGCUGCUGUCGGCGGAGGCGGCUCACCCCGAGAGGGCCGCCGAUGACACCUCCCAGUUUGUGGCCCUCAGGAAUCUGGAAUUUGAGGGGUCCAGCACUGAGGAGGAUUUCUUCCAGACCAGCUCCGACCCCCAGGACUCCAGCAUCCCUGAGGAGCUGCAUGUUGUUGCUGGGGGCCCCGAAAGCCCUUUCAACAAUAUAUUCAGUGACUUGGACAAGGCCAAGGACCUGCCGAGCCACCACAAGCUGCUGGACCUGCUGGAACUGGAUGGAGUUCAGGCCGACUUAAAGCCGGCCACACCAAGCGAGCCCCUGUUCCCAUCUCAUCUGGAGGCAGAAGCUCCCCACAAGCUCACUGGCCUCGGGCCUCUCGGAUUACCUGCUGACCUCAUGCACCAAAAUGAUUUUGAUCCGCUGAACCUUCAAGAACUGUCAGAAAACUUUCUCUUCCUUCAAGAGAAGAACCUACUGAAAGUCUCCAUGUCUGGCAAGGAACCCGGCCAGGACCUUCAGACAGAGCUGAGAAACGCUGGCUUUGCUGAGAGCCCGCCCGAAACGUCGCGCAGAAACUCUGUGGACAUUGAGUGUGCAUUGCCUGAGAACCCGCCAGGCUUCUCCCUGUCCCUGGAGAGUGUCGGGCCAAAUGGGACUGGGCCCAUGGGUGACGGCCUCAUCUCCCCGCUGUCUUCUCUGGAAGUACAGCUACCUUCUACCUCUGCAGAAAAGACGCUGGUCACUGCCCCUCCAGAUGCCCUAUUGAGGCAGGGAGAAGCCAGGCCCCCGGCCCUUGACCCUGCUGUCCCUGACGAUCGUCUCUGCCGAGAAGGAGAUCCAGACCCUGUGACUGUCCCCCCUGAGUGUCUCCAGGCUGAUGCCAAAGCACAAGGCCUUGUUGAGGGGCUGCCAGCCUCUACUCACCCGUGUGCAGAGCCCUUGACACUGACCCCCAGCGACACUGUCGGGCUCAGUGGUGUCUUACCCAGCAAGGAGGGCACCGAGGGUGGUCUCCCAGAUCUGAGGCAGGACUCCCAGAGCCAGCCACCCCCAGAAGACCACCCCAGUGGAGGUCUGCCGUUGCAGACAGUUCAGGCUCUCAGUCACCUGAGUCACACAGAUGCCCCGAAAGACACAGGCUUAGUGUCCGCACUGUCAUCAGACUCGACCAGCCAGGACAGCCUUUUGGAGGACAGUCUGUCCACGCCCAUCACCACGUCAGAGCAGUCUGCAGAGACCCCAGACUCCAUGGAUGUGCAGGAGGUCCUGGACUCUCUCAGCGCGCACACGCCUCAGAAGCUCCUGCCUCCGGACAAGCCCGCAGACAGCGGCUACGAGACGGAGAACCUGGAGUCUCCUGAAUGGACUCUCCACCCUGCCUCCGACAAUGCCCCAGAAGCCGACCCUGCGGCACCAGGCCACGGCAGCCCCCAGGGCCUGCCCCCCAACCCCGUCAUUGUCAUCUCACACGCUGCUGAGGGCCACCGUGGGGCAGAGGUGACCGUGCAGAUGGCCACAGCAGCCCAGAGCUCGUAUCGCGACUCGGCCUACUUCUCUGACAAUGACUCCGAGCCUGAGAAAAAGUCCGAGGAGGCCGCUGGAGCAACAGCUGCGGCCUCGGCAUCCCUCCCUGCACCCUGCCCCUCGGAGCAGCAGGAAGGUGCAGAGGAAACCACAAGCCAGCCCGACCCUACCUGCCCGCCUCCUCUGCAGAAUUCCCAACUGCUGGAAUCCAGGGCAGAACCCGGGGAGCUGCUGGAACCCGGGGAGUCUUGCGUCUGCCGUCAGGCACUGCUCCCCGAAGGCGAGGGGGGCACCCUAGGGAGUCUGCUGAACUCAGAGCCGCAUGAAGACCACCCCUGCCACCUCACCUCCACGGGGACCAGCACUGACGAGCUGCUGGCCUAUGCCACCGCCGGCCUCCACCCCAGUGGCCCAGCCCUGAUGAUGGACAAGUGCCUGUCCGUCCACACAGAGGGCCUCAAGCUAAAGGAGCCGGACGUUGAAGGGAAGUACCUGGGGAAGCUGGGGAUCUCAGGCCUGCUGGACCUCUCCGAGGACGGCAUUGAUGCCGACGAGAGCAGCGAGGACUCGGACGACAGCCUGCACAGCCUGAGCUCCGAGUCGGAGGACGAGCUGGAGCACCCCGUGCCCCUGAUCCUCAGCAACAGUGACGACAGCCGACACCUGCGGAGCCUGCUGAAGCCGUCGGCCCCCGCCACCGAGGACCCCGCGCCCGGCGAGGCCUGGAGGAAGGAGAAGAAGGCUGUGACGUUCUUUGACGAUGUCACUGUUUACCUGUUUGACCAGGAGACCCCGACAAAGGAGCUGGGGCCCAAUGGGGGAGCAGCACAUGAUCCCCACCCGAAUGACUCGGCCCCUUCCUCCGGCUCUCCAUACCUGAACAGGUGCUUCAACUCGGAGAGCUCAACCGACGAAGAAGGUGGAGGCUUCGAGUGGGAUGAUGACUUCUCCUUGGACCCGUUCACAUCCAAGGCGACCAGUACCCUUCUGGGCUCCAAGCCGCCCCUGCAGACGUCCAAGUACUUCUCCCCGCCCCCGCCCCCCCGCAGCACUGAGCAGAGCUGGCCCCACACUGCACCCUACUCCCGGUUCUCCAUCUCCCCUGCCAGCAUCGCCAGCUUUUCCCUCACCCAUCUCACGGACUCAGAUGUGGAGCAAGGAGGAAGCAGUGAAGAUGGAGAGAAGGACUAA